AUGAAGCUCGACGGGUCGACAUCGAUGUGGCGAACGACGACCGUCGUCGGCAGUGUGUUCUCGACGUUCGCCGUCAUCACCGUCAUCAUCGGAUUGCCGUUGAUGCACGUGCACGUGCAGAAGGUCACGAGUCUGAUGCUCACCGACGUCGAGUUGUGUCGAGUCGAGUCGAAGGACAUCUGGAAGCAGAUGACGUUCGCGCGCAAGUCGCUCACCAAACGCCAAUCGCCGUACGCCAAUUAUGGCGCGGCGGCGUCGGGCGCGUGUUGCGCGUGCACACAGGGCGCGCCGGGUCCGCGCGGCAAACCGGGCGACGACGGCGCGCCGGGACGCGACGGCCUUCCCGGCAAGGAUGGUCCCGACGGGAUACCCGGCAAGUAUUUGCCGGCGCCGCCGCCCGGCACCAACUCGUGCCAAAAGUGUCCGCCGGGACCGCCGGGACCGCCGGGCCUUCCGGGUCCGAAGGGACCGCGCGGACCGCCGGGCGUCGAAGGCAAACCGGGACGUCCCGGCGAGGACAAUCGACCGGGACCGCCGGGUCCGCCGGGUGUUCGCGGCGAGCCGGGACCGCCCGGCGAGAAGGGUCCGACCGGCGAUCGCGGCAAGGUGCUCAACGGAGCGCCGCCGGGUCCGCCGGGACCGCCAGGAAAAGUGGGACCACGCGGACCGCCCGGCGGCAAGGGACACGACGGAAAGCCGGGAUUGGGCGGGCAGCCGGGCGUUCGAGGCGCUGUCGGAUCGAGAGGAGAUCCCGGAAAUCCGGGACUUCCGGGACCACAGGGACCAAAGGGAGAGCCCGGAAAUCCGGGAACUUGCGCACACUGUCAAAAUCGACCACCGGGUCCGUCGGCUGGCGAGCGACCCGGAGUUCAGCCGCCAGCGCCGCAGAGCAACGACCACGAGAGACCCGAAGAAUCGUAUCCGUCGAGCAAUCAGUACCUUUGGAUUCAUUAG